AUGGCGGAGAAGAAGAUGAAGGCAAAGGAGCUGAAACGGAAAAACAUCCUGGAUUCAAUGCAUCGCAUCCAAGACUUCCUGACGAAUUACGACGAGGAGCGGGACAUGAACGAGGUAGCGAUACAUCUGGCCCGACUUGAUAACCUGAUGGAAACUUUCGAAGCGAUCCAAGGAGAAUAUGAAACGUACGACGAUGAACCAGAAUUUGCUGCGGCUAAUGCGAAGGUAAGGGCAAGGGUGGAAGAGCAGUACUUUAGGGUAAAAGGUGGUCUCGUAAGCAAGGUUCCUCCCCUUCCUUCCAUCUCAACCAAUCCAUUAAACCAGCAAGGUGCCCCGGCAAUUGCUCAUGUAACCGGUGUGAAACUUCCCACUAUCGAAUUGCCUAAAUUUGACGGUGACCUGAAUGAAUGGUUAACAUUUCGCGAUUCCUUUUCAUCACUGAUUCACUCGUCGCCAGAAAUCCCAUGCAUCCAAAAGUUUCAGUACCUCCGAUCUGCUUUGCGAGGUGACGCGCUAAAACUCAUUGAAUCCUUAACCAUCACCGCAAACAACUACGCGGUAGCUUGGGAAGCACUCCUCAACCGCUACUCCAACACAUACUUACUAAAAAAGAAACACUUGCAAGCUCUAAUUGUCCACUCGAAGGUCUCGGGAAAAUCCGCUGCUGGUUUACGCGCUGUUGUAGAGGAUUUCCAACGGCAUGUCAAAAUACUCAACCAAUUAAAUGAACCAACCGCGCAUUGGGGCAGUCUAUUGGUUCAACUACUGUGUUCUCGAAUCGACGAUUAUACCCUGAAGGAAUGGGAAGAAUUUGUCUCUGCUAACCACGAACCAACUUAUGAAAACCUCAUCGAAAUAUUAACCCGUAAAAUCCGGACUCUAGAAUCCCUUCACAUUUCGGCUGAGCAGUCCACUUCUUCUUCCCAAGCAAAGCACAAUCUCCCUGUCAGGCAAACUAAACCCCAAAAUCCUACAUCGUCGAAAAUCAACUCCUAUACUGCAGUGGAACGGUACCAAUCUGAAUGCCUAGCUUGCCGCGAUUAUCAUCCUUUGGUGAGAUGUCCGGUGUUUGAAAAGAUGCAGCUUAAAGAUCGAUUGAACCUGGUUAACUCGAAGCGGAUUUGUAGCAAUUGCUUCAGGGGAAACCACUUCGCCCGGAAUUGUCAAUCCAACUUCUCCUGCAAGCAUUGUCAAAAACGCCACCACUCUUUAUUGCAUCCCGGGUUCGAUGCACCAGUAUCGAACAACAAUCCAAAUUCCAGCGGCUCACAAAUCCGAACAGCCUAG